AUGGCCUCCAACUCCAACCGCCUCCCCCAAGCCACGAGCGGCGGCGCGUCCGCCGAGCCCACGCCCGCCAACAACGCCGGCGGCGGCAGCGGCUGGGGCGACUCGGGCCACCCCAAGGGCGGGGUUUCUAGCGACGUCAUCACGGCCCCGGAAUUCCGCGACAUCAGCGACCAGAAGUCGGCGGCGGAGCACAAGUUCCUGGGCCGGUUCGACGAGGGCCAGGGGAUGCAGGAGGGGACGUGCGCGACCGAGGACCACAGCUUCAUGGAGCGGAAGCCCGGCGGGUCCGGGGCGCUGCCGGGCUGGGAGACGAUGAAGGAUAAGUUGGGUUUGUAAGCUUUCCCCGGGCCUUUUUUUUCCCUUUCUCCUUCGGGGGAUGAGCGGUUGAGGGAUGAGGGGGUGGAUGCAGUGAGAGAGGUGAGGGGAGGGGAGGUGAUAGAUGGGACUGGCUGAUGAGGGUUUAGUCUCUAUCCUGAGUGAAACUUCUUCUUCUUCUGAUUGAGGGGGAGGUGUUGUUGGCUUGGGCUGCCUGAUAGGGGAUGGCGUUAUUCGUGUUCGCUGGGUUGUUGUAACUCUAGUGUUUGUCUU